GAAGCAGUUUCACAAUCGGUGGGCAGCUUGCGGGUGGAAUCUCCGAUAAUUGCAAUUAUGCGGGUGGGCCCUGUAGCAUGCGUGUAUGGUAGACGACGUGGAGACUCCUGGAAAUCCAUUAGUAGAGAUUGUGGGCGACCAUAUUUCAAGCGCUGCACCGCUGCCUUUUCCCUCUCCCCGCAUAUUCUGCUUCAUUGUUGACUUGGAAUUCGUCGUCUGAAGCGGUUUUCUUAUAUUUUUUCAAAUUCGAGCACCGAAUUCCAAGUUAACGAAUUGGGAUCCCGUUCCAAGUAGCUAUGGUGCAUUCCCAUCUCUGCCGCCGUUGCCUCCUCGGGUCUCCUGAGGUCCUCUGCUGCUCUUUGUCUGGGCACUGCUGGGGUUUUCACGGUGGGUAGUGUGGUAAUUGAGUUCGUAGAAAACAAGAAGAGGAGUCGGUGCUUGGAAUCUAUGGAGAAGCAGAGUGAGCGGAAGGGGCCAUAUCCUGUCACAGCCACGCAGUACCAGGUGUUGGAGGAAGUAGGGCACGGUUUGGGCGCCACAGUGCAUCGCGCAAUCUGUCUGCCAUUCAAUGAAGUUGUGGCAAUUAAGAAGUUGGAUUUAGAGAGCAGAAAUGUAAAUGUGGAUGACAUACGUCGGGAGGCUGUGACAAUGAGCUUGACCAACCAUCCUAACCUUGUCAAGUCUUACUGCUCCUUUGUUGUGGAUCAAAGUGUAUGGAUCGUGAUGCCCUUCAUGGCAGGUGGUUCAUGUCUUCACAUCAUGAAGGCAGCUUUUCCAGAUGGUUUUGAGGAGCCUGUGAUCGCUACUCUAUUAAAGGAGUCACUCAAGGCUCUUGAAUACCUGCACCGCCAAGGCCACAUCCAUAGAGAUGUAAAGGCUGGAAAUAUUCUUUUAGAUGGAGAUGGAUCUGUAAAGCUUGGUGACUUCGGUGUCGCUGCAAGCAUGUUUGAUAAAGGUGAUCGACAGCGAUCGAGAAUCACUGUUAAGGGUACUCCUUGCUGGAUGGCGCCGGAAGUCAUCGAGAAAACUCAUGGCUAUGACUUCAAAGCUGACAUCUGGUCCUUUGGGAUAACUGCUUUGGAGCUUGCUCAUGGUCAUGCACCCUUCUCCAAGUAUCCUCCCUUGAAGGUGUUGCUGAUGACUCUCCAGAAUGCCCCUCCCAGGCUGGACAAUGAGCGGGACAAGAAGUUUUCUAAGUCCUUCAAGGAGAUGAUUAGUAUGUGCCUGGUCAAGGAACCAACAAAACGACCUUCUGCGGAGCGACUUCUCAGACAUUCUUUCUUUAAGCAAGCUCGGUCUUCUGAUUACAUUUUGAGGCAUGUGUUGGAUGGCUUGCCGCCUUUGGGUGAACGAGUUAAGCAUCUCAGGAUGUUAGAUGCUGCCCAAAUUGCAGAGAAGAAGAUGCCAUUUGAAGAGCAAGAGGAGAAAUCCAAGACUGAAUAUAAAAGAGGUGUUAGCAAUUGGAAUUUUAAUAUUGAAGACCUGAAAGCAGAAGCUGCGCUGAUUUCAGGAGAUGGUGGUUAUGCCGAGGCUGUUAAAGAGGAGGAUGACACUCCAAAGCAACAGACACAAAAAGGACUCGAUGAUUACCUCCCACCCAAGAACGCAGAACCAUCCGCUAGAGACAGAGAACUCCGUCAGAGAGGAAUGUCAGCAGAAGAUCUUUCACGGUGUCGUGAACGAGCGUUUAGCGGACUAUUGCCAAGUGACGAGCGUGCCACAUCGGAUCAGGGACCAGCGAGCGGGUUUCAAGGCGUUCCAAGACCAUCAUCUGGAAGUAAGGAAGGGUCAGAGGAGAAGUCGAAGGGUCCUGCUCAGAAGUUUCCAAUUGUUCAAAGAGGUCGCUUUUCAGUUACAUCUAAUGAUCUGGAUCUCCAGGAUCCACCUCAAGGUAGCACACGACGAAGAAGUGCUAGCUCACAGGCUCUUCAGCUACAAGCACCAUCAGUAGCUUCUUCAUUGUCAAACGUAUCUGGCUCGUCAGUAUCACUGGCGGCUUUGUUACCUCACCUGCAAAAUGCUCUAAAUCAUGCGGUUAUGCAACAGGAUACCCUCAUGAAUUUGCUGAAUAGCAUAAAUGCCAGUGAAGCGUCAUCCUCUCUACGCAGAAGUUCACGGAGCUCAAGUUCCCACUCAAUGACGGAGAUAUCGAGUGACAGAGAAAAAGAACUUCUUCAUCAGAUUGCCGAAUUCCAGAGCAAGAUUUCUGUCCUUGUGGAUGAAUUGCAGGCUUUGAAACUCAAAAACAUGUCGCUGGAGCGACAACUGAAUGCUCACCAUAACAGGGAAAAAGAGGAGCGAAUACGAAAACAAACUAAUAUUGGAGAUGGAUGAGAAAUCACCUUCAUCAAAUAAAUCACGAGAGAAUUUGCAAUUGCAACAUGGUCAAUAUCGCUAGUGCAUCAACAAGUAGCCAUCUCAAAUUCUGCAAAAUUUUCUGAUGAGCUUGAGGUUUGUAUCUCAAACACAUCAGAUAUCAUAGAUUCACCUCUUCGAACAGACUGAAACCCAGACUCUUAUCGCUGAAAUCUAAUAGGUUUUCAAACAUUUCAAAAAAAAAUUCACAUUGGUAAGAGCUCGUUGAAUUGUUGUACAAUCUCAAACAACGUUCAGCAAUUUUGCAUCGAAAUGAA